GUUUCCUCCUCGAGCAAACUUUCCAGAUUUCUACAUUGAACAAGGAGUAUUUUCAGAUUUGUUAAGUUUUUUGUUAUUAUUCUAAAAACAAUGAGAGAUUUAAAAGUAAAAGACGAGCAAGUGGAAGAAAAGUUAAAGGAUUGUAAAACUGUGGACGAUUCGGUCGGGAAAAUGAUCGUUAAAAACAUAACCACAGAGGAAGAGAAUGCAGAAAGUGACAUUACAAAGACAUGUGAAAAUGAAGAUAAUAGUGAGCAAAAGGAACUGAAUUUCCUUUCUGAAGGGCUUGGAAAACUUAACAUUGAGAAUGAAGAUGGUCAUGAUGAAAAAAAUGACAGCGUAUCUUCUGUUGAUGAAUAUAUCAAAAGAGGACCAACUGGGGGUAUUCCGUCACAGCAACAUGCCUUACUGAUAGAUAAAACACUUCCCAUAGGACCAACAGGCAAUUAUAUGCCUCCACAGAUGGUAUAUCAACAACCUCAAAUGAAAGGAAACAGAAGAACAUUGGAUGAAGCUGAAGACCAACCACAGAAAUUUUUUAGACCUCCGAUGAAUUUCCAAUAUGGAAACAUGCCUGGCAUUCAUGGAAUUCAAGAGCCAACAGCUUUUCUCCAACAGUAUGGAACAGCACCACAAUUUCAACCAAAUUUUGCGCAAAAUGAUCUCAACCAAAGAAUGAUGAAUCCGCAAAUGUUUAACUUUGGUAGUGCCGGUAAUCAAGGAUUUCCAUUUGGAGAAGUGACAACAACUGAUGUAAGAAGUACAAGCAACAUGUCAGGUGGAAAAGUCACUGUUCAGUCACCAGUCUCCAAUGUACAGAAUCCUUUCCCACAGGCAAACUUUGCCGACGAGUUGUUGGAAGAAAUUGCAGAGCAACAAAAAAUGUCAUCGGUCAAUCAAGGAAACUUGCCAAACUUUACUAACGGACAACUUGGUAGUAACACAACAUGGGAAACUGGAGUGAAUAACUUUGAAGGAAAAAGCUUUAAAGAAAUGCGAAGAAUAUCUGACCCAGAUAGUGGUAUUGAUUCAGAAAGUGGAAGCCCAUGGUCAGAGCAGGCUCCAAGUCCAAGUAGCUCGGUAUACACAUCACCACCCUCAGUUGAAAGUGGUGUUGGACACAGUCCGAUGCAUGAAAGCCAGUUUCAACACGGCAUGUCACCUCCAAAAUACCACGGUGUCACAUCUCCAGGAAACUACAGGGCAACACCGUCCCCGGCCAACACAUCCGGGUAUGGAAGCCCAGGUCAGCCACAGGUUGAAGAUACUGGUGACUUUUUUAAUGAAGCUUUACUAGAAGAUGCAUUGGCUGUAAUUAAUGCUGACAUGAUCUCAGAAGAGCAUAAAAAGAAGAGACAAUUAUCUUCAUCAUCACAACCACCAGUUCCAGUUAUGAUGCCAAACAGGACUAAUAUUAACCAACCAACCAUGAUCAACACAUCACUUCCUCAAGGAAUGGUACCACAGUCAGGAAUGGUGCCACAGACAGUUAGGAUACCACAAAUACAGAAUCCUGCAAUGUUGCCAAACCAAGGUAUCAUACCCGUAACCAGUGCUCCUCAACAAAUUAUCAUCCUUCCCCCGCAGCAACAAACCACCAACCAACCAGUGAUACUGGUUCCUGUGUGUCAGACCAGCCCAGCACCACCAAAGAAAACUGGGACUCAGUAUAAAAAGAUUCUGCCAAAGAUUUCACCAACCAGUUCAUCAUCACCAGGCUCAAACAUGUCAAAGAGUGGACAAACUUCAGUUGCCAAAACACCCAAUGCUGGCAUGCAGAACAGAAACCAACAGAGCCAGCAAGCUAUGUCAAAUCAACAAAAUAAAUUGCUGAUGAUCGCUAGACGCACAGUGGCGGACAUUCCUCGGGAAGAUCUCAGAAAAUCUGAUGAUGAGGGUGACACGUACCUCCACAUUGCAGUAUGCAAGACGGACAGACACAUGGUUCAAGCCUUACUUGAGCGUCUGCACCGAGAGAAGCUUGAGAACCUGGUGGAUCAGGAGAAUUUAAAACGCCAGACACCGCUAUACUUGGCUGUUUUUAUCAACCAAUUUGUCAUGGUGGCCAUGUUCAUAAAAUUUCAAGCCAAUGUGAACGUUCUUGCACAGAAUUUAUCAAGUGAUGGCGCAACAACAGAAGUCAAGUCUGCCAUACAUGUGGCCGCUUCACAAGGUGCAGAUUACCUCAGGACGUUAACAGAACUUCUGAAGGCCAAGGACAUUCAAAUAAAUAUUGUUAACAAUUAUGGUCAGACAGCUCUCCACUGUGCAAUUCUUGCCCACGGUAAACCAAAAAGAAAUGGUCAGGACAGAAUAGACAGUGUGGCAAUUAUACAAACACUCAUCAAACAUGGAGCUGAUCCAUCAGCACAGGACAAGAAGAGUGGUAAGACGCCAUUAAUGUACGCAAUAGAGCAGAAAAAUCUCGAACUUGUUGAUACUAUUCUUAGAAGUGUUCACCCAGACAAAGUGAAAAACGUUGUGAAAACUCAAGCCUUUGAUGGAAGCACUUGUCUUAAACUAGCAGAAAGUUUAAAAGGCAGUAUCGAAGUUGAGAUCUGGAACAGACUUUGGAAUAGUUUACAAAGUGCAGCUAACGGCUCAAUGGCAAGAUACCAUAUGUCGCCACCAGUAAUACAAGCCUAUUGAGAUAAAAAUAAUUGGACCUAAUAUUCUUAAACCAGUCUUUUCUGGAAAAAAAAAAAACAUCUCAAGAUGUUGAAUAAAAAACAUUUCAAGAUGUUGAUUUAUAGAUAUUAUAAUGUGCAGUGAUGAACAAACACUUCAUCGAUGUAUGUGAUUAACUGGAUCUAUACUGUGAUGGGUUUUAUGGAGGCUGCCAAAUAGAUUUACUUGUACAAAAUUGCCAUUUAUGUAAAAUUAGAGAUAGAAAACAUGUAGAUUAUCAAUUUUUCACAUGGAACAGAAUGGUAUUUUUAAAAAAAAUUUGUUAAAGUUUGAAACAUUUAUGAGAAUUUGGAGGAAGUAUUAAAUUGUAUAUUUGUUGUAAAUAAAUUUUGGUAAAGAUUUUUGAUGAUUUUUAAGAUUUAAUUGUACAUAGAGAUACAGAAAAAACACUUGAGCUGAUAUUGAUUUAGUUAAAUAAGUUAUGUAUACUUACUUGUACAAAUUUAUACAAACUUUUAAGUAAAACAAGUACAUGUACUUAGAAUAUAUAUAAGGAAGGAAAAUAAAUGUUUUAACUGGCAAGUUUGAUAUAUCUAUAAAGUAUAACCUUAUUUUUGCCUAUAAAUUAAAUGUGAAUGAACUACCUUUAACAGUUGAAGGACCAUAUUUCAAUAUCACUAGGAAGUUUGUUAAGGAAAAGUAUAGGGAGGAAGAAUAAAGGAAAAUAUGUGUUAAGUAAUAAGUAUAUAAAAUGAUAUAAGAUGUAAAGGCACCUUGUGUCUGGAAGUAGAACUUAUAGGGAAGAAGAAAAAAGGAAAAUUUGUGUUAAGUAUAUAAAAUGAUAUACAAUGAAAAAAUACCUUGAGUAUAGGAAGUAGAAAGUAUGAUUACUGUUACAAAAAUUUAACAUAUUUAUAGUGUUCUUGUUUGCUAAUUUCUAGUUUAUGAAUCAUGUAUAAUGUUUGCAUAAUUAUUGUAUAUAUAUACACAGAGGUUGAAAUUUUAGCAUUAAGUUUUUAAAAUUUUUAUUACGUAGAACUAUUUCUUUGUUAAUGUAACAUAUUUCUAUGGUUUUUUGUUUUUGUAGAUUUCUCUUUAUUUUCUGUAGAGUUUUCUUAUGGCUUUAAAAAAUCAUUUUUUUCAAGACAUGUCAUCUGUAUAUAUCUUUGUCUUGGAAGCAUUUUAAGUCAUCUGAAAGUGUUAAAAAUGGCAUUUGUAUAAAAGUAUUGCAGUUAUUUAAUAAUUUUUUUUUAUUGUUAGUGCUUAUCUCAAAUGUACUGAAGUGCUAUAUGUAACAUAUCAGGCAAGAUUUAAAUUUAAACUGUGGUUAAAUUCCUUUUGCUAAAAUGGUCAUUGAUAUAACACUGUAUAAAGUACUAUCCAUUGAUUACUUUUGCAGUCCUUGUUAAUCUUUUUACAUGGUUUAAAAAUCAAAAUACGCAAAUUGAGUACUGUAGGCAACAGUAUAUAGGCUGAUCACACUGAACUAGUGUGCAUAAUGGGAAGAUUCUAUAACUGUGGCAAAGGUCAUGAGGUCAGUGGUAUAGGUCAAUUAUUGUCACAAGCCAACAAAAUGUUAAAUAUCUACUGAGUAUCUUAAGAUUAUAGAUAAUAUAUAGAUUUCUUUAGUUUUGAAUGUAUAUGGAUUUUCUUUUUUUUUCUUUUCUUUUUUUAAUUUCAAUGAGAUGUGGAAACUUAGAUUUACAACAUUUUAAAGACAGUAUAUUAUCAAAAUUCUUAUUGCUUUGAUAAGCAUUUGUGUAAAAGAUAAAAAAUAACAUUGCAAUAUAAAGUUAUGAUCAUCAUUUAUAAGCAUAACUACGCAGCUUCACAAUUUGUGUUUUUGAAAACUGAUAAAACAUGAUUUGUUUGGAGUUUUUGUGUUUUAUUUUAAACAUUUAUGUAUAUUUUUUCAUUCCUCAUACUUUUAUCAUAACAAAUGUAAGUUACAUGUGUACAAAGCUAGUCAAAUACUCUUUUUGAUAAUUUUGUAUGGUUAAAAAAGAGGAACUCUCAAGUGGGUUUCAACGUUACACUCUUGUGUAAAGGAUUUUUGUUCCUUUUGUGUAAACAGUUUGUUUUGUGAGUCAGUAUAAAAUAUAGGUCACUGUCUGUUUUGAGUUGAUAUGGAAAAUAUCAUGAUACUAAAAAAGUUUAUAUUGACUUAAUAUAAUAUUAGUAAUUCAUGACACUAGUGUGCAACAUAUUCCUUUUAUACUUGUAUUACAUGGUGAAAAUUAUAGAUAUCUUGGAUGAGAAAGUGAUACAAGUUUUGUUUCUCUGAUAAUUCACAGUAGAUUCCUUCUAUUUCAUUCAUAAGUAAAUAGCCAAAUUAGUAUAUAUUGCAUUUUACAAUAUGUAUAAAUAGGACAAUGAUCUCUGACAUUAGUGUGUAUAUAAUAUCAUACGUAUAUUGUAGGUUUUCACAUGACAUUGUCACAUAAUUAUUUUUGUAGAUAUCAAUACAUCAUUUCAUUUUAUAUACAUGUAUGUCUCAAUGGAUUCAGAGCCUACUUCAUGUUAAAUGUCUUCAUUAAAGUAAUCUCCAUUUUGUUAUUGAGAUCUUAAAAUUUGGUUGUACCAUAAGUUAGGAUAAAAAAAAUCUUUUGGUUUAUCACCUGUCACAUUAAUGUGUUUCACAUGUCAUAUUAUUGGUAAUUCACAUGUCAUAUUAUUGGGUUUUCACAUGUCAUAUUAUUGGGUUUUCACAUGUCAUAUUAUUGGGUUUUCACAUGUCAUAAUUGUAAAUUUCUUCUUCAUCUUUUGAUCAGAUCAUAAUACAAUUAUUAAAGUUACAGAAUUUUAAAAUCUCAAAAUUGUUGAUCACUAUAGGUUAAAAUAAUAGGUUUAUGUAGGUUAAUCAGUGAAACAUAACAAAACAAACAUGGACACUUUCUUUAAUCAGAAAUAUGAAAAUUUUGAAAAUCUUCUCAAUAAUUCUAUCCUUGCUGCUAGCUCAGGAUACUAGGUCAAAAUUCAUUUCUGGAGAUUUAAUAUCGACAAUUGUUUUAAAUCUUAAUUCUAGAUUUUUUUUCUCUUGAAACUUCAUCUUUUGUCAUACCUUAUUAAAAGAGAUUUACUUAUCUUAUGUGCAGCUUUAUACAUAGUGGCUAGUAAAAGAGAGGCAAAUUGUUGCUUUUAGUACCACGUCUUGUAGUUUACUCCUCCACAACAAUUUGUGUAAGCUGUGUAAUUUGUUAUGUGAUUUUAUGAAUAAAAUGUCUAAUUUUUAGA